AAUAAGCAGUUGAAAUGGUGAAAAGCUCCGAUAAAAGAGAAGGAAAUGUUACGUUGGCCAUCGACAGAGACAAAGAGAGCCAAAACGUGAUGAAAUGGGCUGUCAGCAAUCUUCUUAGCCGAGGCCAAACUAUUACUCUUCUUCAUGUCAAAAUCAAACAAUCCUCGUCUUCUCUUCCCUAUUCCGGAUCUAACCUGUCUAAGUCAGGCGAUGAUGCAUCCGAUUUGUUUCUUCCCUUCCGUUGCUUCUGUGCUAGAAAAGAGAUCAUAUGCCAAGAUGUGGUUGUGGAGGACGUUAGUGCGGCUAAAGGAAUAGUUGACUACGUGGAACAGAAUGGAAUCGAGACUCUAGUACUCGGUUUAUCGAAGAUGAAUCUUUUAAGGUUCAAAGCAGCGGAUGUUUCAAGUACCAUCAUGAAAAAGGCACCGAGUUUCUGUACAGUAUAUGUAAUCUCUAAAGGGAGAAUCUCGUCUCUGAAAUCAUCUACAAGUUUACCUCCGACUUCCACUAUGCGGCACCAUGUACACACUCCGACGAACAAUCUGAAUGCUGAAAGGAGGAAACAAACAAUGCAAAGAACACAAGACGAGAUCAAGAUUGAGAUCAAGUCUCCCUUUUCGACAAGAGGAUACGAAGGCAUUUACCAUCCCUCGAUGACAGACUCUGACAUAUCAUUUGUGAGUAAUGGAAGACCGAGCGUGGAUCAGAUGUUUCCUUCCUUGUAUGACAAUGUGGAUAUUCCUCGGCUCUCAGUCAGUUCUGAGUAUGGACAAAAUCGAUCCAGUUUUGCUACAUCAUACACAUCAGGAAAGGAGUCUAUAGAUCUUGGCUCAUCAUAUACAGGACACUCUUCAAGCUCACUUGAAAGUGGGAGACCAUCAUUUUCAUUACAGUGCCAGGAUGAGAUUGAAGCCGAGAUGAGAAGGCUGAAAAUGGAGCUAAAGUCUACAAUGGAAAUGUAUAACAGUGCCUGCAAGGAAGCAAUCUCUGCAAAGAAGGCGGCUAAUGAGUUACACAAGUGGAAAGCAGAUAAGGAACAUAUAUUAGAAGAGGUGAGACUUGCGAAAGAAGCAGCGAUGGCAACGGCAGAGAGGGAGAAAGAAAAAAGCAGAGCAGCCAUGGAAGCGGCAGUGGCAGCUCAAAGAAUAUCAGAACUUGAGACUCAAAAGAGAAAGCAUAUUGAAACCGCAGAGGAAAAGAAGAGGGGAGUGAAAACUGAUUUAAGGUACAGAAAAUACAGCAUUGAGGAGAUUGAAGAAGCCACAGAAGAGUUCUUGCCUAGUCGCAAGAUUGGAGAAGGAGGCUAUGGACCUGUUUACAAGGGAACACUAGAUUAUACUAAAGUGGCAAUAAAAGUUCUAAGACCAGACGCGGCACAAGGAAGGUCUCAGUUCCAGCAAGAGGUUGAAGUACUAACAUGUAUGAGACAUCCAAACAUGGUUCUCCUGCUUGGUGCCUGUCCGGAAUACGGAUGUUUAGUGUACGAAUACAUGGCCAAUGGUAGCUUAGAAGACUGUCUCUUCAGACGAGGAAACUCCCCAAUCCUUUCUUGGCAGCUAAGAUUUCGUAUAGCCGCUGAAAUCGCAACCGGUCUUCAUUUCCUACACCAGAUGAAACCGGAGCCUUUGGUGCACCGUGACCUUAAACCGGGAAACAUAUUACUUGACAAACAUUUUGUCAGCAAGAUUUCAGAUGUGGGCUUGGCCAGGCUCGUCCCUCCAUCUGUUGCUGAUACUGCAACCCAAUAUAGAAUGACGACAACCGCUGGAACAUUCUUUUACAUAGACCCCGAAUAUCAGCAGACCGGUAUGUUGGGGACUAAAUCAGACGUUUACUCGUUUGGCAUUAUGCUUUUGCAAAUACUUACAGCUAAGCCACCAAUGGGUUUGACUCAUCACGUCGAAAGAGCAAUUGAAAAAGGAACUUUUGCUGAGAUGUUAGACCCAGCUGUUCCUGACUGGCCAGUCGAAGAGGCCUUGGUUGCAGCAAAACUUGCUCUACAGUGUGCAGAACUAAGACGCAAAGACAGACCUGACUUAGGGAAUGCUGUUUUGCCUGUGCUNAUACAGCUCAGGGAUCUAGCCGAAGAAAGCAUUAACUUUAGCAGAAGCCAACGGCCUUUGCCAGGUAGGAGCUCAGUGUCGACGACUUCACUACAGGAGAUUAUGAGUGAUCCACAACUACAGUAUAGAUAUGAUAGCUCAGGUUUCAACGACAGUUCUACAUCUUGAAGAGGGAAAUCCAAGUCAGAAACAAUCAUAGAGGAGCCGAGCAAACUUUUUUUGGUCGAGAUCAAGAAUUGUUGUUACCCACAUAGUGGGGGUAUACGGAUACAAAUAAUUUUACAGAGUUUUUUUUAUUUUAUUUUUUAUUUGUUUACAUGUAUAUUGGGGUUUAGAGUUCCUAUGGGUAUCGUAUUAAUAUUAACAGUAACCCCUUUGAAUCUAUACCAUACAAGCUUUGAUUUUUGCUUAUAAGGGAAUAACAUUUUGAUUACC